GUGGAAGCCAGGCGGGGAGAAGCGGGCCGCACCGCAAAUUGGGUCAGGCACGCACGAGGGCAGCUCUCGAGGGCCAUCCCAGAGGCCCCCGCGCCGCCGGGGUCCUAACCGACGACACCGCCUUCCGCCGCACGUGGUUGCAGCGAGAUGCCCAAAUCCAAGCGCGACAAGAAAGUUUCCUUAACCAAAACUGCCAAGAAAGGCUUGGAACUGAAACAGAACCUGAUAGGAGAGCUUCGAAAAUGUGUGGACACGUACAAGUACCUCUUCAUCUUCUCCGUGGCCAACAUGAGGAAUACCAAGUUGAAGGACAUCCGGAACGCCUGGAAGCACAGCCGGAUGUUCUUUGGCAAAAACAAAGUGAUGAUGGUGGCCCUGGGUCGAAGCCCAUCUGACGAGUACAAAGACAACCUGCAUCAGGUCAGCAAGAAGUUGAGGGGUGAGGUCGGUCUCCUUUUCACCAAUCGCACUAAGGAGGAAGUGAACGAGUGGUUCACGAAAUACACAGAAAUGGACUACGCCCGCGCUGGAAACAAAGCAACUUUCACCGUGAGCCUGGACCCAGGGCCUCUGGAGCAGUUCCCCCACUCCAUGGAGCCCCAGCUGAGGCAGCUGGGCCUGCCCACUGCCCUCAAGAGAGGUGUGGUGACCCUGCUGUCCGACUACGAGGUGUGCAAGGAGGGCGACGUGCUGACGCCAGAGCAGGCCCGCGUCCUGAAGCUUUUUGGAUAUGAGAUGGCUGAAUUCAAGGUGACCAUCAAAUACAUGUGGGAUGCACAGUCUGGAAGGUUCCAGCAGAUGGGAGAUGACUUGCCAGAAAGCGCCCCCCAGUCAGAAGAAGAAUCGGAGGAACAAGACGAUGACUGACGGGCACUUCGGACUGGGCCUCCCAGCCCAUUCCAGGCCUUGUCUUGACUGGAACACACGGGACUGCCUCCGCCCCUCUUGGGGGACCAGCUGUGUAUUUUGCUGUGGAUGAAGACAGGUGGGGGGCGAAAGGCAUAGACUCUUCUGUAAAGAAUAAAACUUUGUCUGCAGGGUGUUUCCCUGUGAUGGCAAAGGGACUUUUUCAGAAAAAAGGGCUUUGGAUUUGGGCUUUUGAUUGGAUCCCUACGGUGCCCUUUGUUCACCUGAGGAGCCAGCUUCCAGCACUGGUUCCUGCGUGUCCAUGGCCAUGCAGCUCUAGGGAAGGGAAGGAGCAGCCACCAGGGCUUCUGUGCCCUGGCCCUCAGUGCACACACAAAAAAGGAAGCAGGCUGGAAAUGGUAAACAUGGAUAAAUACAAGACUUAGUCUCAUUUUUAACCUUCUAAAAAAAGAUCACUGAGUUUUUAUGAUAUUAAAUAUACGAUAGGACUCAGCAAAAACCACACCAGUGAACCGAGACACAAAAAUCCUUUAGCAAAUCAAAUACAGUCGUAUAUAAAAAGGAUCAUACAUCAUGACUCAGUGGGUUGCGUACCCGGAAUACUGGGUGGCUUUAUAUUUGAAAAUCAGUCAAUAGAAUCGACUAUACUAACAGGCCAGAAAAUAAAACCUAUAUGGUCAUCCCAAUAGCUGUGAGAAAACCAUUUAACAAGAUUUAAUAAUCAUUUGUGAAGAAGAAACAAAGAACUCUCAGCAAACAGAAGGGAAUUUCCUCAAACUGACAAAAGGCAUAUACAAAAAAACAUACAGCUAAUAUUUGGUAAUGAAAAGGCUUUCCUCCUCCGACGGGGAACCAGCAGUGAGGUUGGCUCUCACCACUUAUAUUCCACAUUGUAUUGGAGACACUAGUGGUCCCUGCAUACUUCAGUGUGCUUGCGUAAUGAUAACGAGACAAUUUCUCACAUACUUCCAAUGCCAUUAUCACCCUAAAGAACAAUUAUUUUGUGUCACCUAAUACCACAUCUGGACUGAUGGUUCUUUUCUUUUCAGCACUUGGAAAAAAUGUGCCAAUUCCUCGUAACCUUCAUGUUUUUUCUGAUGAGAAAUCUGUCAUUUGAAUUCUUUCCCCUAAACCGUUUCUCUCUCAUUCUCUUGCGAUU